AUCAGUAGGGCGCUGAUGUGGGCGUCUCUCUGUACUCCACGCCGGCAAGCUUCCCUCCAAGCACACACCACUACCACCCCGUCAAGCACGCGACUCAGCCUCCCCAUCAAGCACGCGCCUCAACUACCCCCAUCAAUACCUCGCAUCCCAAACAAUAACACCCACUACGGAUUUCGCAACUAAAAAAAAGUGUUCAGUUAUGAAGGUGGACUUGAUCUCCGGACUUUUCCACAGUCCAGCAGUCCAGGCGAGGGAGUCUGAAGUGGACUGCUAAUUCAGACCCUGAUCUUGAAUCCAUCCACAAUCCGCCUGUGAAAAAGUAUUUAAUAUUAGCAGAUUAGUUCUCGUUUCUCACCAUCUUCAAUGUAGAGGCAUUCAUUAACCGGUGCAAACUCUCCUCUACGAGUGAAUAAACUGGGUUGUAACACUGGAAUAUACAGUCCAUAUAUACCAGUUACCAGUCAGAGCUGCAUGCCGCCCUGCAGUUUAGCGGAAUCUGGAGUGAUGUAAGAGGAGCAAGGUGGAGAGGAAGUGAAGUAGAGACAAGUGGAAGGAAGGAGGUGAGAGACAAGUGUGAUAAUGUGACAGAGGCACAGUUAAUAUCAGAGCCACGAGGGAGACGCAAGAUGUCUUAACCGAGCAGUAUAUACCUGGGCUACCCUAACUGGCGUCUGCAGUCAUGAUGAGGAAGGGUGGUGUGGGCGGUAGUCUGCGAGACAAGUCGCCAACCCACGCCCACCCACGCCCACUGUGUGCCCACCGCCCACACAGGUUCGGGCCAAAGCGACACCCUCCUCACACCACAACCCGGCUCUGAAAGUUCUCAUAUACAAUCUUCCUGUUGGAGAAACACAGUUCUGUGGUACCAUAUGUGUCAGUGAAUUGAGUGCGUUCUAUCUUCCGCGAAGUGCGAAAUGAAGUGUACAUCUGUGUGCGUUUAAACAGCGUGUGUACAUUCUAAUUGCAUUUUUAUGUUGUAAGAAGAGUGUACAUAGUGCGUGUACGUUCAAACGUGGCACUUACGCGUGCUCUGGUGCAUUUACAUUGAUACGUUUCCAACAAGUGCGGCGUCUAGACGUAGAUUCCCACAAUGCGUGCAUCGUGUUGAGUGCGUCUGGGUGUCGAGCUGGGUAAGCAGUAACUCCCUCGAGUGCGUGUGAGGAGUGAGGGAGCUUACACUUAUUGUGUUCGCAAGAUAGUGCUCAAGUGCGUCUUCACAAUCAAGGAACCCAUUUUGAUAACAUGCGGAAGGUCCCUCGUCUCUCACCCAUAACAAAACACUUAACUAAAGGAGUGCGAAAGCAAAGUUAUCUUCAGUAAGACACUUUUUUUUUUGAGACCGAAGAAAGAGUCUCUUUGAGAAUGAGUGCAUACCAGUCAAUGGUACCACUCCUUGAUACCGUGUCAUUGUGACACCUCUAUUAUUACCCGUAUUACCACAAUUACUAUCAUUACCAUCACCGUCAUCAUGCCUUCUUUAGCAGAGCCAACAGAGCGGCUUCCUUAUGAAGUCCCGCUCACUCUAGAUCCGCUAGACAUGGCGGACUUCACCAAGCUGAAAAACAAAGACUUGGAAGGGUUCAGCCUGGAUGGUAAACCUGGAGAGAUGGAACAGGUGAUGGAGGAACUGUGGGAAAAGUUCAUGGAGCAGUCGAGGUUCAACCUAACUGACCUGGACGAGGAACAACACAAGAAGAUGGACCGGUGCUUCGAUGAUUUCGUUACAGCGUACUACGACCCCAACAGGGACCCACGGGCGUGCCCCAGCAUGUUCGACGAGGUCUCUUGCUGGCCUGAGACCUCCCCGGGCACUUUAAGAACGAUCGAGUGCUUCACGGUCUUCAAGGACAUUAUGUAUGACAACGUGGGGAAGAACGCGACCCUGGACUGCUUCCAGAAUGGCUUGUGGUCCAAGAAAGCCAACUACACCGACUGUUUGAACUUCGUGGGCAACAACAGCAGCAAGGACACCUCCACCGUCAACACCAUCACUACUAUCUUCUACGUGGGUAACUCCCUCAGUCUGGUGGCCGUCCUCCUCGCUCUCUGGAUCUUCAUCUCAUUUAAAGACCUGCGUUGUCUCCGAAACACCAUCCACACCAACCUCCUCUUCACCUACCUCUUCCAUAACUUCUGCUGGAUUGUCUACGCUUUUGUUCAGUCACCAGUAGAGUCACCCAAGACACAGUUAGAUCAUCAACAUGAACAAGUCACCAGUAGAGUCACCCAGGACACAGAUCAUCAACAUGAACAAGUCACCAGUAGAGUCACCCAGGACACAGAUCAUCAACAUGAACAACAGUCACCAGUAGAGUCACCCAGGACACAGAUCAUCAACAUGAACAACAGUCACCAAGAAGCGUCAGAUAAUGGUCUGAAAUUCACCCUGUCUGUCCCGACAUUUUCCACGUCCCUAACAGCCGCCGGCUGUACACAAACCUCAAACUAUGCUUAUCAUUUUUUCCCCUCUCUCGUUUCUCUCCCUGACAGCUAUGGACGGCGACUCUUCGGAAGCAAAAGAGAAUCGCUGUGUUCGGAAGUUACCACAAUGACCACCUUCGUGGCCAACGGCUACAACCCCGUCAGCACGCAGACUGGGCCGGUCCUUCCCCUACAGCAACAACAACCACUGCUGCAGCAACCACAACAGCAGCCAAUACAACAGCAACAACUAGCAUCAUCCAGUCACCUCAACUUUCGUAACUCCACGGCCGGCUUGAUUCAGAACUGUGGAGACCAGGACGGCAAACCUACUGUUAGGGACUCUUUACUGUAGGAUUCCACCGCUGGAAAGCUUAGAAAAUUUCAACUGCAAUAUUCCAGACCUGGAAGAGUCAGAUAGCUUUCCCUGCUGUAAAAAUACAGGAGUUUAAAAUUCGGGUUCAGAGAUUCCAGGAACUGCAUAUUCAGUUAUAGAUUCCUUGCUGCAAUGUUCCAGGAACUGAAGAAUCAUUCGUGGUAUCAUCGUUGCAGUGUUCCAGAACCUAAAAAUUCGUUCCUGGAUUCCUUGCUGCAGUCUUCCAGGACCUAAAGAUUCGUUCCUGGAUUCCUUGCUGCAGUCUUCCAGGACCUAAAGAUUCGUUCCUGGAUUCCUUGCUGCAGUCUUCCAGGACCUAAAGAUUCGUUCCUGGAUUCCUUGCUGCAGUGUUCCAGGAACUGAUGAUUCAUAUAUGUAUUCCAUGCCGUAAAAGUCCAUAAAAGUAAACUUCUCUUACGAAUUCACUGCUCCAAGAUUCCAGGUCUGGAAAAUUCAACAUUGGAUUCCUUGUUUUCAAGAUUCGAGAAACGAAAAUUUCUCUCGUGAAGAUUCAAAUGGAGAUUCCUUGUUCUGUGGUGAGGACAGCGGCGGACAUAUAUUUUUGGGGUUCUGAAGCUUGAACUGCUAAGGGGGGUUCCCUAGUAUCCCCUUCUCAUCCAGUAGACCAAAAAAAUUUUAAGCAAUGUGAACUAAAGUGGCUUCCGGGGCCCCUCCGGGAUUAGGGGCCCUGAAGCUUAGGCUUCACUAGUCUCAUAGUAGAUCCGCCCCUGGAUGGGGGAACUGCGGGAGGUAUUAAUGAAAAAAAAAACUAUACCGAGAUUCAUCACAGAACACGGGGUGACGGGGACAUAUACAACGACUUUUAUAUAUUAUUACUUGUUAGUAUUUAAUAAAUGACGUUCAGGGGAAUAAAUUACAUACCGCAAAACGAGAACAAAUAGUAUAUGUGUUAUUCAUAAUAAAGAUUAUUUAUCAACGAGUCGUGAAACCCCAAGAGCACUCAAAAAAAGAAUUUCUUCAGAAAUGAUUUCGCCCCCCCCCCCCAAAAAAAAAAAAAAGAAAAUAGGGAAUGUGGCACAGAAAAUUUUUGCGACACAGAAAAUUUAUAAAAAUCAAGAAAAAAAAUUAUGUGCUAAAUGAUGACGAGGUGAUUAAAAAUACGCGCGUCAAAAAGUCAAGAGUCAGUAGCAAUAAGCAAAACGCAAGACGCAAGACGCAAGACGCAAAACGCAAGGAUGUGCUUCACCAGGAGAGCCACAAACUGGGCAGUGUUAUUCCUGGACACUAUGAAUGAUGAUGAUGGUAAUAAUUACAGUGAAAGUAAUGACCACAGCAGUGAUGUUAUGUCCACAGCAGUGAUAUGGUGUCCAUAGCAGUGAUGUGAUGUCCACAGCAAUGAUAUGAUGUCCAUAGCAGUGAUGUGAUGUCCACAGCAAUGAUAUGAUGUCCAUAGAAGUGAUGUGAUGUCCACAGUAAUGAUGUAAUGUCCGUAGAAGUGAUGUGAUGUGCACAGCAGUGAUGUGAUGUCCACAGCAAUGAUGUGAUGUCCAUAGAAGUGAUGUGAUGUCCACAGCAAUGAUAUGAUGUCCAUAGAAGUGAUGUUAUGUCCACAGCAGUGAUAUGAUGUCCAUAGCAGUGAUGUGAUGUCCACAGUAAUGAUGUGAUGUCCGUAGAAGUGAUGUGAUGUCCACAGCAGUGAUGCCUACAGUAGUGAUGUCCACAGCAGUGAUGCCUACAGUAGUGAUGUCCACAGCAGUGAUGCCCACAGUAGUGAUGCCCACAGCAGUGAUGUCCACAGCAGUUAUGCCUACAGUAGUGAUGUCCACAGCAGUGAUGCCUACAGUAGUGAUGUCCACAUCAGUGAUGUCCACAGCAGUGAUGUCCACAGCAGUGAUGUCCACAUCAGUGAUGUCCACAGCAGUGAUGUCCAUAACAUAAAAGUGAUAAAAAAAACAAUGAAAGAAAAAUACUACGAGAAUAAACCUCAAGGGUUAAUUGGUGAACAACAGACCUGUUUCACGACUACAACAGUGAACAACAGACCUGUUUCACGACUACAACAGUGAACAACAGACCUGUUUCACGACUACAACAGUGAACAACAGACCUGUUUCACGACUACAACAGUGAACAACAGACCUGUUUCACGACUACAACAGUGAACAACAGACCUGUUUCACGACUACAACAGUGAACAACAGACCUGUUUCACGACUACAACAGUGAACAACAGAUGUUUCACGACUACAACAG